AUGAGUUACGGUCUUGUUGGGGGAGAGGUGACUGCGGACGGCAUAAACACCACAUCUGCCCAGGUGGAGCAGGUGAACGACAAAGGGCUGUGUGCCCGGGCGCUGUAUGAUUACCAAGCUGCCGAUGACACCGAGAUCUCCUUUGACCCCGACGACAUCAUCACCAACAUCGAGAUGAUUGACGAGGGCUGGUGGCGCGGCUUUGGCCGCGACGGCAGCUUCGGGAUGUUCCCGGCCAACUACGUGGAGUUGCUGAGCGGUUAAUGGCCCGGAGCCGGGGUGGGGGUGGGGUGGGGGCGCUGCCUGGCAGGGGGCAGAGCCUGGCUGGGGAGUGUGGAGCCUGAUGUGGUGUGGGGAGGGAGUGGAGCCUUGAGGUGGGUGUUGGGGGUGGGGCACGGAUCCUGGCUGGGGAGGGCAGAGCCUGGUGUGGGAGAGGAGCAGAGCUUCGAAGGGGGUUUGGGGGGGGGCAUGGAGCCUGGCCAGUGGGAGUCCAGCUCCCUGCUCCUCCAGGAACAGUGCUGCAUCAAUGUGACAGACUCUUUCUUUACAGCCGGCCUGGGUCAAGGGCCUGGGAUGUUUAUUUGGGGCAUUCGGAUGCGAGGGGGAGGGAAGAACGAGGGGCGGGGGGGGGGGCUGGUGCAACCUCCAACCUUCUCAUUCACUGUGUGACCAAAGCCACAGGAGAUUAUUGUUUCCAUUGAAACCCUAUUUCCUGGGUGUGACCUUUUGUAUCCUCUGCCGUGUGCAUGUCGGGGCCAUGUUUUAUGUCCGUAAACACGUGGGGGGAAAACUCAUUGGGAUUUAGUUUUGUUUGACUGUCCAGCGUGUAAUGGGAUUGUCAGCCUCAGGGGGACGCUUGGCCUAGCACUGAUUGCAAGGCCCAGUUUAAUACCUCGCAAAGAUCCUUCACAGAUAUUCUACGCGCUUAGUGGGUACAGGAGGUCCUCUGUCCCCUCACUAACCCAGGCCUGUCCCCCUCUGCCUCCCACCUAACCCAGGACUACUCCCCUCUAUCCCCCUAACCCAGGCCUGAGCCCCUCCUUUCUCUUGGAUUUUGUGAUUAUGCUGAUUGACUUGCGGUGGGAGUUUAAAAGCUUGCCUCCGAAAUAAAGGGCUAGAGAUUCCCCCUCUCCCCUAGUGGGGGCCAUUUUUGCAUCAAGUGUGGGAAUGGCCAUCUACUGCUGCAUUGUGACAUUACACACACAGUCCGCAGGGUGUUUUUCCCAGAGACUCGUCACAGUUGUUGAGUGACGGACCUUCUCACUGGGCGAGCGUGUGGCUACCCUGAGCUCUGUGAGGGAGUCUGUGUGUGCCUGUGUGGGUGGGUGGGUAACUGAGCUACACCCCGCCUUUGCCAUCUCGAUCCAUCCCCUGAUUUCCCCACAGCCUUAAAUUAAAAGUCGCGCCUUGCACUGUCAACAGUUGUUUUACAGUCGAGCAUUUUGUUUCUGAGCGUCUUAUUUUCAGGUGGAAGAGGGGGAAAUCACGCAAAGUGUAAAUCAUUUCCAAAGUGUAUGGUAGAUGGCUGAGUUCAGAGAUAGCAGUGGGAAUCAGCUACACCCCAGCACCCUUGACAGAAUAAAACAGGUUAGUCAACAGCAAGCCGCUUUUCAAACAAGUCCCUCAUCGCUCACAGUUCUGCAUAGUGCAGAUACGCGUUGCCCUGCCACUUUCUCUUGUGCUUGUUAAUUUUGUUUUGUACUGGGUAUCAAUAAAGGUGGCUUUGCAAUAAA